AUCACAAAAAUGGUGAAUCAAAACAAUGUGACUGAGUUCAUUCUUUUGGGAAUUACAGAGAAUACAGAGCUGAGGAAAAUUUUAGCUGCUUUCUUUCUAGUUAUGUACAUGGCCACAGUUUUGGGAAAUCUACUCAUUGUGGUAACCAUAACCAGAAGCCCUAGUCUGAGGUCACCCAUGUACUUCUUCCUUUUAUCUCUGUCACUCAUGGAUGUCACUUACUCUUCUGUUAUUGCUCCAAAGUUGAUUAUAGAUUCCCUUUCUGAGAGGACUAUCAUCUCAUUUGAAGGUUGCAUGACCCAGCUAUUUGCAGAACAUUUCUUUGGUGGUGUGGGUAUCAUCCUUCUUAUUGUAAUGGCCUAUGACCGCUAUGUGGCCAUCUGUAAGCCCUUGCACUACAUGACCAUCAUGAGUCCUCAGGUGUGCUGCUUGAUGGUAGGAGGUGCUUGUGUGGGAGGAUUCAUGCAUGCAAGCAUUCAGCUUCUCUUUAUGUAUCAAAUACCAUUCUGUGGCCCCAAUGUCAUUGACCACUUUAUGUGUGACUUGUUUCCAUUGCUGAAACUGGCCUGCAUGGAUACACAUAUCUUGGGUCUCUUGGUCAUUCUCAAUAGUGGGGUGAUGUGUGUGUCCAUUUUCCUUAUUCUCAUUGCUUCCUACAUGGUAAUCCUCUGCUCCCUCAAGUCAUAUAGCUCUGAAGGGAGAAACAAAGCUCUCUCCACAUGUAGCUCACACUUCACAGUGGUUGUAUUAUUCUUUGUUCCAUGUAUUUUCUUAUAUAUGAGACCUGUGGUGUCAUUUCCAAUAGACAAAGCAAUGGCUGUGUCCUUUACUGUUGUUGAGCCAAUGUUAAAUCCCUUGAUCUAUACCUUGAGAAAUGCAGAGGUGAAAAAUGUUUUGAAAAACAUGUGCACAAAAUGGGGGACAAGGGACAUCACUACUGUUAAGACAUGA